AUGGCACUAUUUAAUAAACUCUUCUUUCCAUCGUCGUCAUCAUCGCCGGCGGCGACGCCAUCAUCUGCAAAUAACAAUAAUAAAAGAAACAAUAAUCAAUCGAUUCAUUCUAAAAACUAUAUCAGUCAAUUUCCAUUUGAUGCCGGCCAAGUACGUGUACUUUUAUUCAGAGAGUGUGACAGUCGUGGCAGACGAUUGCUUUUUGACUCAAAUGCCUUACAAAAAGUCACAUUAAAAGAUUUCGAAAUAAGACUCAGUACUGCCCAUAAGAUUAUUGAUGAAAAUAUAAGCGUCAAUUCAGACAUAAAUGGUGGUAAACAUCAUUUUAAAGGACAAUCGAAUGGAUAUGUGGAAGCAGCUGAUGGAUGUUUAUAUAAACAUAAUCGACCCAGCAUGGCUGAUAUUCCUACAGUUGGAGAAAUGGUUUUCGGAGCAUUGGCCAUGUCAUUUCGCGGUACUGCUCUUAAGGUUCACUGGCUAAGAUCUCCACCUCGUAUGUUGUGUUCCCAAGUCUUUCUCUCGCCAAUGAGUUCAAUAACAAAUAGUACAACACCACACCAUAUAUCCGCUGGUCACUUGACGCCAAGGAAUUCAAUUACCAGUGAUCACAGCUCUGUAGAUGGAUUCUCAAUGAACUCAUUUUCUAUGCUCAAUGUGGAUCGAAAAAAUUCAGACAUUUCAGAGCGAAUCGGUGACAGAUUUACUAAUCCUCUGGAUGUACCCGAUGCCAAUGUUAAUAUAACCGCCAAACGUUAUUCGGCCACUUACAGUACCGGUGAUUCAGGUUAUAGCGGUGGCACAACAUCCAACGACCAGUGGACUGUCACAACUGGAAGUCUCUCCUAUCAGUAUUCAACUCGAAGUAGCUUAGGUUCAGUGAUAUCCGAUCCAGAAUCAAUGCGAAAAUUUAGUCUCGACUCGUCGUAUUUGGCCUCGGCUACACAAGGCAGUAACAUGUCUAGUGAUGGCAGCCUACAACGUCGAAUCUCUCGGAAUCUCUUAACGUCAUUUGAGAAUCAGAAUUCUUUAAAUGAUUUCAUCGGUUUUUUGAGUGACAACAACUUUCACAGUACACCACAGACGAGUGGUGGAAGUGAAGGUUGUGUAGCUUCACAAUAUCGUCGGACCAGUGUAGCAAAUGAAAGUCGAAGUAAUCCUGAAAUAGGACGUCGACGUGAUGUAAGUUAUUCCCACAAAAUGAUGCGCCGACCAAGACUUGGCCUCGCUGUGUGUAUAACAAUGAGUGAAUCUUUUGAGGAUGAAAUGGAGAUGUUUUGCUCAGAACAUAUAGCUCUGUUGGAAUCAAUGUUGGGUCGACUUCGGAUAUCUUCGGAAAAAGCCUAUAUCAAUCAUAAGGAAUUCUUAAAGAUCAUGGUACAUGCGUGGCAAGCAACAACGCAAUGGUUACUGGAUCUUUUCAAGGCUCCACGGAUAAACGUUCCUGUGUGGUUGAGUAUAACAACAAGUGGGAGUAAAUACUCAAAAAGCGUUGCUGAUCGAUUUGUUCAUGAGUUGUGCUCCCUAUUAUCAAUGGCUGAUACUAAAAACACUAAUUUCUUUGUGAGCACAGUAUUAACAGCUAUACUCACCCACCAUCUUGGCUGGGUUUCAACUAUUUCGAAUUUCAAUACACCAACAAAAUCGAGUGCUGCUGCUAUUGAACAAAGAGCAAAACUUCUUGAAGUCUCCCAAAAGUAUCCCUACAAUGUGUUGUGGGCACAAAUAGGUGAUUUGUAUGGUGCUGUUGGUACACCUCCCAAACUCUCUCGAACAAUAAUUUACGGAACUGAAAAACUACCAACUGAACGUUUACUCAAUAUUUUAACGUAUUUUAUUCGUUGUGGAGAAAUAAGAAGAACUUCAAAAUGUGAAGAUUUCAAUAAAGAGGUGAUUAACGAUAUCAUCAUGAAUCAAAGCAACGAUCAAGCUUCUGCCAAAAAUAAUUCAAAUAUCAAUGCGAAUAGUUUCUUCCCCAUAUCGAAUAAGGCUUCUUCGUCGACUAAAGGUCUUGGUGGGUUAACUAGAACAUCGUCAUGUAAGACUAAUUUAACUGAAAUGUGCGGUAGUAAUGAUGAUGAAAUAGAAUUUCCUCAAGAAUUAAACAUAAGUCGAAUGAAUGAUAUUCCAAAUGUUCUGGCAUUUCGUGAUUCUAGAUUAGUUAAGCAAGAACUUCGAAUAGGAAAUUAUUUGAUGGAUCCAGGCAUUAUGAAAGGUUCUCUAAGCAAUCUCAGACAGGAAGAUCGAUGCAAAGAGAGAAUAAAGCUUACCGUAACAACUCCAGAUAAUAUUGAAAUGACUGUAGAACCAACGGAGACAGAAGAUGCUGGUGUUGUGGAAGCCAUUGAAAUAGAACCCAGCGAAGAAGUGGGACAGAAAAACACCAGUGCUUUCUUUUGGGCACCAGCAGUAAAAGAGGGCGUUAGUUGUAACGACCUGCAUAAAUUACCAAUGAAUCGAAAACUGGGUAAACGUUCUACAAGCUUUAAUAGUCUAAGAGGGAUGCCCCAAAGUGAAAGUAGCAAUAGCGGUGUAUUUUCCGAAUUAAAACCAAUCAAUGAAAAACACAUAAGUCUGUCAGAUUUGAUAACUGAAAACAGUAUUGGCAAGGGAAAUCGCCUAGCUUGGGGUGUUGAAACUAUCAGAGAGACCACAACUAGUGAAAACGAGGUCAAAUAUUUCGAUGACCAAAAAAUAAUCUCGGAGAAAGAACAGGAACACGAAAACAAGGGUGUCGUCUUUGUAUUAGGGGAUAACGAACCACUCGUCAAUAUUAAGCGAAGCACUGAAGAUCUUGCCGAAGAAGUUAUUUCAAGUCAAUCUGAGGCGUUAUCAUCAUCAUCAUCGUCGAGGAAACCAAUUUGUCCACACCAUCCGCAUCAUAAUUCGCAUAAGAAACAUUCCGGGGUGAAAUUCGAUUUCGUCCAAUAUCCUCAGAUCUAUGCGAAUUAUAUGAAGAACAAGAAUCUAAGUGAUUAUGAUUUUAUGGAGAAACCACAAAAAUUUGAUAUGUUUGGUGGAUCAUCUGCAGUAGCUGGGACGAGUGCAUUAUCAGCAGCAGCAGCAGCAGCAGCAUCAGCUGCAGCAGCCACAUCGGCUGCUAAGGAAGAUAUUUCACUAACAUCAGAAUUCUGUGAGUUCUGUCAAAAUUCAACGAAUGGCAACAAAUCAUAUCAGACACCAUCGAAUGCUACUGAAUUGGAAUUCGAUACUGAUGAUGAUCAUUCCGUGUAUAAUAAUCAACCUGCUAUUGAGAGCAAUAGUGACCCCAAAUCUUCGGCAUCUGUGUCCUCGAUCGAAACCAGAAAUAUUAAAAUGAUAAAGGUUCGAAAGCCAACUGAUGUGAAUUUAGUUGUAUUGCCAGUGCCGGGCAUUAAGGAGCAGCAAAUGGAAGAAGAUGCAGUAGCAAAGUGUGACAUUAAACUUAAAGCUGGAUUCAUUCCUUCGUUAUUUUUGAGUAUUAAUGAUCAUUACGUAUCUGAUAUGGUUUUACAGGGAACAUCAGCACCUCCACAUAAAUGGGAAUUAAAUGUCAGAGAAGAUCUUGCCCUAGCUACACAUUCUGGUUCGUUAAUUUCAACACCAGCUGAAAAUGUAGCAGUAAUAGCCGAUAUGGAAAAUUGGGAUGUCAAAAUUAUAUCAUCUCAAAACCAAACGAUUCCUUUCUCGAGUGUUGUGAGUGGGCCAGUUGGCAUGUCACAAUUGGUUGCUUCAAUGCUUGAAACAGUGUAUACUAUGAACAGCUCUGGAAUACCUGCUUAUGAAUGUCUCUCAUUUCUGGAAUCCAAACUACAAGAAAUCUACAUGCAUUCAGAGUCACUGGCAUCGUUUUUACUGGCCACCGAUUUUUGUUCCUUAAGUGCUGUAACCACAGCACUAAAUCUAACCGAAAACGAUGUUCCGUUACUCCUUUCUAUUGCUUCAAUUCACACGCCACAAAUAACUAAAAAAUGUGGUAUUAGUUUUAGAUGACAUCUUUUCAAUCGUCGUAUCAGUCAUUAAAAUUAGGAAUAAUAAUUGUAAAUAAUGUAAAAACUAACAUUAAUAAUUUAUCAUAUUUUCUUUGUAUAAAAGAAAAACAAAACGCGUCGCCCAAAAAAAGCAAUACUCUUUAACUCUUAAAUUAAAUUUAAAAAAAAAUUAAAACUUCAUAAUUAUAACCACUCAUCAUCAAUCUCACAAAUCAUACACACAAUUUACAUACAUUCAUUUGACUUUGUGAUAUUUACUGCAUAGGUAUUAAACAGAAUUUCUUCACCAUUUUAUUUAAUUUUUCGUUAGUUUAUUCUGUUCAUUAUACUAAAUGUUAAAUUUAUUUAAAAUAACAAAAAUUAUAAUAUUGAAACA